UUGUGGUUUCGUGUACAUGAAUAUGCCUAUGUUUUUGAAGAAUAGUCACGCUACGAUUUAACCAAGAACGAUUGGAAAUCAAUAGCAGGCUGGUCUCAGACCACGUCAAGUUUGCGCAUAAGAUGGCUAGUAUCAGUGAGAUAUGUGAGAGUACGCGGAUGGCCCGUGAGAUGGCUCUGUUGGGCAACUACGAGUCGGCCACUGUAUACUACCAGGGAGUGGUGCAGCAGAUCCACCGGCUGCUGCAGAGCAUACAGGACCCAUCCAGGAAGCUCAAGUGGCAGCAGGUACAGCAGCACAUUGCUCGCGAGUACGAGCAGGUGAACGGCAUCACGCACACCCUGAGUCUGUUCCGCGCCGACAGCCACGACAGCAGGCCCAUCGGCACCUCGCUGCGCGCCUCGUCGUUCGAGGAGCCCACGCGAGAUCCGGACGUGUGGCCGCCGCCGCCGCCCCGCGACCCGGACGUCUGGCCGGCGCCCACCACCUCAGAGCACAAGCAGCCGCCGCAGGUGCGACCCGUGCGUGGCCCGAAAAAGGCCGCCGACUCGAAGCCUCCAUCGCGCAACUCGCGCAGCGGCGGUGGCGCCUCCAAGCGGACGGGUGGUGGAACCUCGAAGGCGCGCCGUGAGGACAGCAAGAGCAGCGACCGGCGCGCCAAGGGCGGCAAGGACGACAAGAAGACUGAUGAUAAGGGCUCGGAGAAGGGUGCCGACGGCAAGGAGGCGGGCGCCGAGGGCGGGGCCGAGGACGACGAGGAGAAGCGGUUCGACCCGUCCGGCUACGACCGCGACCUGGUCGAAAUGCUGGAGCGCGACAUCGUGCAGAAGAACCCGGACGUGCGCUGGGACGACAUCGCCGACCUGCACGAGGCCAAGCGGCUGCUGGAGGAGGCCGUCGUGCUGCCCAUGUGGAUGCCGGACUUCUUCAAGGGUAUCCGGCGUCCGUGGAAGGGUGUGUUGAUGGUGGGCCCGCCCGGCACGGGCAAGACCAUGCUGGCCAAGGCGGUGGCCACCGAGUGCGGCACCACCUUCUUCAACGUCUCCUCCUCCACGCUGACCUCCAAGUACCGCGGCGAGUCGGAGAAGCUGGUCCGCCUGCUGUUCGAGAUGGCACGGUUCUACGCCCCGUCCACCAUCUUCGUGGACGAGAUAGACUCGCUGUGCUCGCGGCGAGGCUCUGAGACGGAGCACGAGGCCUCGCGGCGGGUGAAGUCUGAGCUGCUGAUGCAGAUGGACGGCAUCAGCUCGUCGCAGGACGACCCGGGCAAGAUCGUGAUGGUGCUGGCCGCCACCAACUUCCCCUGGGACAUCGACGAGGCGCUGCGUCGUCGCCUGGAGAAGCGCAUCUACAUCCCACUGCCCAACAGUAACGGUCGGGAGGCGCUGCUGCGGAUCAACCUGCGGGAGGUGGAGGCGGACCCGACGCUGGACUUGAAGGUCGUGGCCGAUCAGCUGGACGGAUACUCGGGGGCCGACAUCACCAACGUCUGCAGGGACGCGUCCAUGAUGUCGAUGCGCCGCAAGAUCGCCGGCCUACGUCCGGAGGAGAUCCGCGCCCUGCCCAAGGAGGAGCUUGAGCUGCCCGUCACCGACCACGACUUCAGCGAGGCCAUCGCCCGAUGCAACAAGUCCGUCUCGGCCGCCGACCUCGACAAGUACGAGAGCUGGAUGCGCGAGUUCGGCUCCAGCUAGGAGGCGGGCGCACGCCGCCCUGGCGCUCCGCACACGUCGACGGGUGCGGGGUUGUGGAGCGGCCAACGACGUCUGGCUGACUGAGUCACUGCCCGUAGGCCAGCGGACAGAGAAGACUGACACACGUCUGGGACGUGAGCGGCGUCUGGCUGACUGGGUCGCUGCUCACAGGCCAGCGGGCGGAG